GAUGAUAAAUUGUUAUUAAACUUUGCUUGUAUUUUAUUUUCCUUUAAGAAAUCGUCAACAUUUUUAAUUUCUUUAAAAAUUAAUGGAUAGUGAACGCGACUUUAUUGACAUUACAUAAAAGUCUUUCAUUCACUAGUCAUAGGACAGAUAUGACUUUUUUCAAACCUCUUCAAACCAUUCACUUGUUCGUUCAAUUAUCGAGUGACGUCCGUAAUUUUCAGUGACGUAAAUCGUUUUCUUUCAUGUUUCAGUUCAGUGUGGUUUCAGUUUCAAUUUCUGCUUAGUUAGCUGCAGCACCUGAAAAGUCUAGUUUUGUAUUAAAACACAUAAUAAAUGUGAUUAUUUACAUUCCAAUCAAAAUGUUUCCAAACAUAAACACCGCAGUUUUAUGAUUUAUGUGAAAAUUGUGAGCAAAACAAAGCCAUGGAUGUAAGCGAUAGUCCCAGCGAUUAUGAUGAUGGUGGCGAGAUCCCUAUCUGGCAGGAGCCCCGUCGGGAGCCCCUGGGGGCUCCUAAGGAGACGUUAUGCGACGAGAUGCAGGAGCAGAAUUCUGGGGACAGAUUGCACGCAUUGGAGGAAGAACAAGAGAUAUUAUCGUCUUCCGUGUUUUCUUUGACCUCGCACCUGGCGCAAGUGGAGUUUCGUUUGCGACAGAUAUUGAAAGCUUCGCCUCAGGAGAGGGAUGCUAUGUUGAAGGAGUUGGAGGAGUUCACGUCUCGAGGAGUGCCCGGGGCGAGGGCCGCACCGCAAGGGAGCUCCGGAGAGGCGAGUUGCGCGGAAUGUGUGGAGCUGGAAACCAAGAUACGUCGACAGCGCACCAAACAGGCACAUUUCAUUGAGAGGUUGCAAACACAGCUGAAGGAACUUGAAAGGUUUGCUGCAAAUCCAGAAGCAAGUGACAAACAGCACAGAACUCUUAUAGAACAUUUACGAUCUGAAAUAGACCGCAGUUUGGAAGAAGGCUGUCACCAGCCACUGAGUGCCGAUGAGUUGAGACAUCAGAUCAACUGUGCAGUCCGGCAGUAUGCUGACAAACAGCUCUCAAAAGAAGAAAUCAUCUGUAAACUACAAGCUCAUAUCGAAGAUAUGCAGAAGUUUAUAAAACUCAUGAAAAAUGAAGAUCUGAAAAAUUCUAAAUCUAAAACACCAGAACCAAAAAGUUCAAAGUCACAGAACUCUUUUGACAAGACAUUUAACAAGAACAAAGCUAAUAAUGAUGAUCUUCGAACAGAGACUAUUAAUUUAAUGAGAAAAGCAAGUACAUUAAUUCAAAUUUUCACUGUUUCACAGUUCGGUUGUUCGCCAAACUCAAGUAGAAAAGUUGAGAGGCAAUCGUCAACUAUUGUCACGCACUGGGGUAAUCUCAGAGCAAAGCUAGAAAUGUCUAUUGAUGCCGUUCUCCAUCUAGUCUCACGUAACAGACAGAAUCAUAACAUAAUGGACACAUAUGACAGUGAGUCUGAAGAAGGUGGCAUUGUAAUCAAUGAUAUACCAUUAACAACAGCGGUAAGAAGACAUUUAGCUGUAAAUAUCCGUGAUUUGCUUCAACACGGCCUAACAGGACCAGAGUCAAAUUCUCUAGUUCCUUUAAUAGGUUGCUUCCCUGUCCGAAGAUCAUCAUCUAGUGCUACACAUGUAUGGGAUCUCAUUUUGCGUUACUAUGACAUCAAUGAUGGUGACCGAUUCAAUUCUACACCGGCUAGGAAACUCAGUCAGAGUUUUAACCUAGAUAUUGUUGGUGGAAAUGCUAUUUCCAAUAAGCAAAGUUUGUUAAGCACUAUUGGCAGUAUCAUAGCUUCUCACACACCUUAUAAGAGAAGUUAUGAUGCUCAUUUUAAAGCAUUUGUCUGUGCUGCUCUAAAUUCUCACAAACUAGUGCUAUGGUUGAAUAUUAUACUUAAAUGUCGGUCUCUGGUUGAUUCAUAUUACUCGUCGACCAGCUAUGUUGUUAAUACUGGAUUUCAAGAUGCUCUUCAGAGCCUAGACCGCCUAACCCCACACAACUUUGACUUACCAGUCGAUCUCGCUGUAAAACAGUUCCAAAAUAUCAAAGAUGUAUUUAUGUAAUUUAUUAAUUAUUAAGAAUAAUUUUAUACAUAAUCAAUGAUUAAGGCCUGCAAUGCAUUUAUUAUGUACAGUUGCCAUCAGAUACAUCCGCGCGGCCAAGGUGCUCACAAAUAUCUGAACACGCCUCUAUUGUCAUGGCGUUGACCACCUCAGCCGCUCCGAUAUAUCUGAUGGCGAAUGUACUUAGCCUAAUUGUAAAAUUGGUUCUAGUCCAUUUUAGUAUUCCAAGUACAUAUUAUUAGAUUUAGAAAUUUGUUCUAACCACUGGUUUCUCUUAUCAGAGUAUAUAUAUAUAUGUAUAUUUCUUUAGUAAAUAGGUACUAGUCCUUAUACACUGAUCUGAAUUGCUCUCUAAAAACCCUUUUUAAUGCUAAUGACGUGAAAUGACGUCACAGAGUGAUAUACAAAGCACCAUAAACGAUUAUAGUUGUCAUCAAAUGCUUUCAAGUGUGUUUGUCUUGUAGAGAAUAUGUUGGCAAUUAAUGACAUCUAUAUGACGAAUAGCAGCGAAAGGGAAUGACAAAUUUUCUCCAAUCAUGCAAUAGUAGUUUGUAAAGCAAUCAAUACAUUCCAGUAUUGUGAUAUGAACACUAUUUUACUUAUCCUUAUUAUAGUUACCAGAUCCGACCGUACCAAAGAUGUACCAAAGUAAUUGUUAAGAGCGCAACCUGUAAAUUACGGAAUAUUAUCGCUAAAUAUAACGGUAGCUAAAGCAUC